GGCGGAAGUAGCUGCCUCGGGGCAGGGCGGAAGUGCUGGCGGAGAGCGGCGCGGCCCGAGCGCAGGAAAUCCAGUUCUGUAACCAGUUUUCCACGUCUUCAAUAGGUUCCAUGUGAACAACACACAGGGCUGGGCUCCAAGAGCAAGAAGGCAGGAUGUUGUCACGACCAAAGCCUGGGGAGUCCGAGGCAGACCUGCUGCACUUUCAAAACCAGUUCCUGGCAGCCAGAGCUUCACCUGCAGUGAAGAUUGUGAAGAAAGCCGACAAGAGGAAGGGGGAGGAAGGCAGCACAGAUGCUGAGAGACCCCCACUGCAGGACUGCAAGGAUGUAGUGAUGUUGGAUGAUUUUCCUGAUACUCUCCCAGCUCUAACUCCAGCUCCUCCAAAAAAGUCCAAGAUUAAAAGUGCCUGUGUCCACUUCGAGGAUGAAGAUCCAGAGGAAAGACUGGAGAGUCAUGAUCAACACAUUACGGCAGUCUUCAGCAAAAUUAUUGAGCGAGACACAAGUGCAGUAGCAGUAACCAUGCCAGUGCCCACGGGAGACCCAUUUCCAAGGACAUUUCACCGCUCUGAGAUAAAAAGUGAGGUGAAGGUGGGAUCUGGUAGAAAAAGCAUCUUUGCACAAAAGAUGGCAGCGAGAAGAGCUGCUGAAAGGGCAGCAACAACUCCCUCUGCUGCCGAGUGCGUGCAAAUAAAAUCAGCUGCUCCAGAUGCUCCAGAUCCUGAGGGAUCAACAGGAGAGGCACCUCUCCCCAGCAUCAGGGAGGAUAAAGCUGGUGACUUUCUGACCUCUCAACGGCCUUGUCUCAUAACGGGAGAGGGUCUUGGAAGCCAAAAGAGCGAGGAGGAAGCUCAAGCUAUUCACAAAGAGAACUUGGAGAAGCUGCAGUCCAUGUCUGAGGAAGAGAUACUGCAGGAGCAGGAAAAGCUUCUGGCUCAGCUGGAUUCCAGUUUAGUGGCCUUCUUAAAGUCACGACGUAGUGGCAAUGAAAGCCAAAAAAAGGAAUUAAAAAUGGAACAGAACAGACUGGAGGAGUUUGUGGAAUCUCUGCCUGUGGCUCAGCAUGGUGUAGGAUCAUGUCUUUCCAUGCAGGAGUCAGGUCUGGAAGAAUCUGUAAGAAAGGAAGAAAACAUGAAGGUAGAAAUCACAGAUGAUGAUCUGCCUGUGAAGCCCAAGAAGGAAUGGAUUCACAUGGACAAUGUGGAGUUUGAGAAGCUGGAAUGGAUGAAAGAUUUGCCCUCACCCCGGCAAAAGAAAACCAAGAAGGGAAUGCAAGCUCGAUUCAGUCUAAAAGGAGAAUUGAUUCCUGCGGAUGCUGAUUUACCGACACAUCUAGGCCUGCAUCACCAUGGCGAAGAGGCAGAGAGGGCUGGUUAUUCUCUCCAAGAGCUCUUUCAUUUGUCUCGCAGCCAAGUUAUUCAGCAGCGGACACUGGCUCUGCAGGUCUUGGGUCGUAUUGUUCAAAAGGCCAGGGCUGGAGAGUUUGCUUCCUCCUUGAAGGGCAGCGUUCUGCGUCUGCUGCUUGAUGCUGGGUUUCUCUUCUUGUUGCGCUUCUCGCUGGAUGAUGCGGUGGAUAAUGUCAUGGCAGCAUCUGUUGGUGCUCUCCAGGCUCUGCUGGUGUCACUUGAUGAUGAGAAAUAUCUUGAUUGGACUUUCUCAUGGUACCAAGGGAUGGGUGCAUUCCCCUUUGUCCCCAACAAUGAGGAGGAAGAAGAGGAGGAAGAGGAAGAAUUAAAUGGAACAGAGAAGUCUCAAGAUAAAAAACUAAAGGACGAAAACAAGCCAGAUCCAGAUGUGGCCCGAUAUGAUGUUGUAAAGGGACUUUUGAAGACACGGAUCCAGCACCGGCUGAGGUACAUCCUGGAGGUGGUACGACCUGUUCCAACAGUAGUCCUGGAUAUACUGCACAUCCUUACCCACAUAGCAAGGCACUCCUCUGAAGCGUGCAGCCAGCUGCUUGACUGUCCUCGGUUGAUUGAGACCAUUGUCAGGGAAUUUCUUCCUACUCAGUGGGAUUCCCAAGUGGCUGAACCAGGGUGUUUACUCACCAGCCUCCAUGGAGUUGCUUGUGCCACUGCUAUGAAGUUCAUCAGAGUGUUGGCAUCUGGAGGCCGAAAUGCAACAGCCAGGCUGCUUAACAAAUUUGAAAUGAAAAGUCGGUUAAGUCGAUUUAUAGCUGAAGACCCACUGGAUCUGCUCCUGCCAAGGGAAGAAGCCAUCAGGCUAAGCACCGAAGCGUUCCGGUUGUGGGCUGUGGCAGCUGGUUAUGGUCAGGGCUGUGAUCUCUACAGGGAUCUCUAUCCUGUGCUGGUGAGGAUACUGCAGUCACUGCCUGAAUUGCUCAGUGCGUGUCGUGGAAAGAGCCCUGUGAUUGAGUUGUUAGUCCAGCGAGCUACCGCAGUAGUUACUCUGCUGAUAUAUGUGACGCAAACAGCAGGCUACACAGCAGAGCUGCAGGCCAAGCUGAGCAGCUCAGAAGAUACUGAACCGAUUGCACCUCCUCCAGUAGCAUGGAAUCAAGUGUCAGGCUUACAGCCCUUCCUUGAGACCAGUCUGAAAAAAUGCCUCCAGGAGAUAUCCCAGACAGAAACUUGGCAAACUCUCCAGCCUCUGACCACAACUUAUCUGAUCUACCUGGGAGUUUAUUAUAGUGCUUGCAGCCAACAGCCAUCAGUCAAUCCAAUUGACUGCUUAGAGGAACUGGAACGUUUGACAUCUGAGGUGCUGCAGCCCCUUCUCAGCCAGCCAGCCGUACGCAGCAUGUGGGACUUGCUCAGGCCAUGUUCUGCUUUGUGCAACCCUCUGUCCUGUUCCCCAGCACCGGAAUCUGUCUUCAGCAUUGCAUCCCUGAGUUGCACUGGAGGCAAACCUCCUUUGAGCCUGGUUGGCUCCAAGUCACCUUUCCCUUUCCUCACUGCCCUCCUGUUUCUCAUCAAUAGCAUCACUCACGUUCACAAGGGCCUGACCAGCAAGUACAGCUCUGUGCUGGGCUUCAGAGGCUUGAAGGAUUAUCUGCAUCAAAGCUGGCAGACCGGACCUCCCUCUGUAACUCCCUCAUCUGCGUGGAUCCUGCGCCAUGAAUAUCAUCUGCAGUACUUUGUAUUAGCGUUGACUCGGAGAAUGGUAGGCUCUUGUCCGGAUUACACCCAGCAUACCUCACUCCAUCACUGCGUUUCCAUGGCAUUGCUAAGCCGUCUGUUGCCAGGGAGUGAGCAUCUGGCUUACGAGGUCCUACUGGAUGUUGCCUUUAAUCCAGAGUUUCUUCCGGAAGGGAAAGCCGGAGGGCCAGAAGCAGCUGACUUCUCUGAUAUCCUGCAUCUGGGUACCAGUGCCAAACUGGCACAGCCUGGCUCUGUGGCAGCGUUUUUUUCAAAACCUACUCGUGGUGCCCUGCUGAGAGAAUCGUACCAGAAUCUGCCUUUCAUCCGCUCCUGCUACCUUUCUCAUUUUGUCCACUUGCAGCCUGCCCUUACGCGUUCCCAAGCAUCCUACCAAGGACGGAAUUACCUCAUCCAGUCAAUGCUGCUUCCUGAGGUCAAAGGGCCCAUCCUGCCUUCAGACUGGCCAUUCUUUCCACUUAUCAGCCUCUACAACAAAGUGACUAAUGCAGAGACACGUGGGGCUGUACUGAAUUCUCUCCCACUUGAUCUUGUCAACACUGUGACCUGGAACCUGCAAUGGGUCCUUUUGCUGGAAACCUGGCGUGCUAAAACCCUUCAGAGCAUCCCUACUGCUGCCAAACUUGCACGGCUUAUGUGUGUCUUCCUCACAGGUGGUGACCUCUUUCUAGAAGCACCGAUCCACUGCUACACAGCUGCCCUUCUCUCUGUGUAUUGCCAACCCAAGGCAUUGGACUCCCUGAACUUGGAUGCUCCUCUCCCUGGUCUGGCGUCCUUCCACGAUCUCUAUAUAAGUCUUCUGGAGCAGUUUGAAGGUGUCUCCUUUGGAGAUCCACUCUUUGGAGUCUUUGUUCUUCUGCCUCUACAGAAGCGUUUCAGCGUUCAUCUGCGUCUCUCUGUUUUUGGGGAGCACACAAGUAUCCUGCGGGCACUGGGAGUGCCGCUCCAGCAGUUUCCUGUGCCUCUUGAGCGAUACACUUCGCCUCCUGAGGAUAACCUGAACCUCCUGCGACUCUACUUCCGAACACUGGUCACUGGUGCACUGCGCCACAGCUGGUGCCCUGUUCUUUAUGUGGUGGCUGUGACUCAUGUGAACAGCUUUAUUUUCUCCCAAGACAGCACUACGCAGGAGAUUGAUGCUGCUCGGAAAAGCAUGCUGCGGAAGACGUGGCUGUUGGUGGAUGAGACCUUGAAAAAGCACCUACUCUACUACAGACUGCUGAAUGCAGAGAGCCCUUUGGGAUUUGACCUUUAUGAGCAGCUCCCUGCUAUGCGACUGAAGUACCUGCAGAUGGUGACACAGAAAGAAAAUAAGGAGAAUGCACCAGCGCUAGUCUCAUAGCAAAACACUUGGGCAAGAAGAGGGCCAAGGGGAAGAAUGGAAGAGCUCAGUUUAUGCUUCACUAACGAAAUUACAUGUACUUCAGAAAUUUUCAGUGUCGUAUCUGGACACUUCUGGCAUCUUCACAAAGUGAAGCACUAGUAGAGUGCUCCCAUGCACAUCAUCUCAAGAAUCGGCAAUACAUCUGUGCGGCUUCUCCAUGAUGAAUGCUGGAGCGUUUUCGUCCGUUCCCUUUCAGGUUUUUCUGUUUCUCCCCAGAGAAGGCGAGAAUGUGGCUGAGGGGCACUGGACUGUUGAAUAAACUGAAGGAAGUGGAAAAGCUAUUUUGUUCAGCCAGGCUGGAGACUGUGGGUUCUCAAGGUGAUGUCUGUUUUUUCCAGAUCUUUCCCUUGCUUUUUUUGUAUCCUGAGUUUUGAGUGGUCCUUUCCUCGCUCUAUCCCCUGCAAAUAAAAUGACAAUACAGCAGGGAAGAAGCUGAUCUUGAGAUCUUUUUUUUUUUUUUAUAUGGAUAAGCAUUUUUUUUGCUUAUAUACAGGACACACACAGGACAGUGUUCUGUGCACACAGUCAGUCACACGGACAUAUUGUGUCAGACCUCUAAGAAAUAAUAGUUCCUAGUGCAGUGGUACAAACACUGGAUAUCCUCCCUUGGCUGUCUUUUGGAUAGCCUCUAAACUGCUUUCUUUUCUCCUUUAAUUUGGUUACAUGUAUAACAAGAUCAAAAAUAAUUUCUUUGCAGGGCAGGAUGCUUGGCAGUAAUCAUUCCCCAUUAGAGGUGGUGGUGGGGGGAAACAUAUCUGCUUGUUUAAAUAGAAUAUGUAUUGGUUGCCCUCUAAGUAGAGGGGAUUGUAAUUUAAAUUUAAAAGUGGAGUUCCUAAGCUUAAACCUAAUUUUAAAAAUUCCUAAUUUGAUCCCACUUCUUCAUCCAAAUUCUGUAUUGCAGCCUCAGACACAAGGGCUACAAAUACAGUGGCCUAAAGGCUCAUUGCAAGUGCCAGGUCAAGCCCAGAAUUUACCCUAGGUGUGAUCUCACUGGAUGUUUCAUUUAUAUCCAAUAAUUUUUGCAGAACAACAGUCACUCUGGCAGGCUUUGGUUUGGAGAACUUACUUUUAUGAACAAAACUUGUUAAAGUUAUUUCUUUUGUUCUUAUGAAUAAAUUCCUCUGGAAGGUGCAGGGUGAUGCCUACCCUGAAGAUCUAAGCUUCUCUCUUUAUCUAUUAAACAGGCCAAGGUAGCUUCCCUCCAAAGAAACCCUGCCUGUAUUAACCUUGCUCCAGUGAAUGUCCUAAUAACAGUGUGAAACACUGUUAACAGGCCAGCUUGUAGUUGUUGAAAUUGUUCCAGACAAGAAACAAAUUCCAGUUAGCAACUUUAUGGCUGUGGUGCUGUCUUUUCAUUUGCAGUUUUCUAAGUGUACCAGUCCCCCUCAGGUUGCCAGAAAAUAGACCGUUUUGUCUUUUUUUCUCCUUAUUUCAGAUAGGACAUGGGCGGAACUGAUGUUUCAUUUUAAUCCCUAUUUUUUUUUCCUUCUAUUGCAGCUUUUGAUCUGUGGUUUCUCUCUGCUGCAGAUCAAUGGCACAAAACAAAAGCACAGUGGUCAACGUGUUUUUCUUUAUUGUUAAUUAUUUUAAAAGUACUUGUUGUGAUUAAAAGUUUAAUUGAAGUCAUUCAAGUUUCUAUUCUGUCUAGAUAGAGCCCUGCAGUUGUCAUUUCAAGAGCAAUAGAUGGUAAUAUUUAAGGACUCCUAGCUGCCUGUUUAAGAGCAGCCUUCAUCAAGGACUUCACCUUGUGCUUUUCAGACCUCCAGUUAUGAAACCUCUUCCAGUCCUUUGUGCGAUGCAAAGUUGAGUUUUGUAAUGUGUACAGGGUGUAAAUAAAUAUUUUGAUAGCUUUGCAGGGUUUUUUUUGGAACUAUGAGAAUGCUCUCCUUUAUUUAAAUCUUACUUGAGUUUGGAUGGUUUUGUUUGCAAUUUAUUGAUGUCUUGGGAAGGGCACCGCUGUGAGGAAAUGCGCUAAGCUUUGGAGCUCUGUAAGAGAGCUUUUCAAGCCAAACGCAUCAUCUUGGUUGCGUGGUGGGUCAGUAACACAGGGUACCAAAUGUUGUGUGUGCUUGGGGGAAGGUACUGGGUGGUGUGGGUAUUAUGUGACUUAAAACACAGUUUAAAAAAACUGUCCAUGGGUGGUAUUUGUAGGUGAUGAGAGAGGAGGUGGAUUUUGCGAACUCUGGGAAGGGAAGGAAAGGAUCAGGCUUAUGCCAGAUUCUCUUCCCAGAUGUUUUUGAAGCCAUCAGUGUAUCCCCAGAAAAUACCUGCAUCUUUUGACAUGAAACUCUGAUGCAAGCAUCAGCAAUGGGGGGAAGGAAACAAAAGGAUCCCAAAUCGUUUUGCAGGCCACACUUGUGUGCAGAAUGUUCUAAGGACACUGUAUGUGAGCCGUAAGCUUUCAAAACUGGCUGUCACUUGAGAUGUUACAGCAAUCCUAAACUUGAAUUUUUUACGGCUUUGGGCAGCCUAGUGCCAGAUUUCUCCGCAGAACGCUAGAGGGCAUUGCUUUAUCUAGUUUAAAUGCAAACUUUCUCAGCUCAGUGCAAUUGGGACUUAAACCAAAAAACAACUAACCCUUAAACCUGGUUUGAAUUUUCUGCAUUUUUAAUUUUUGCAUAUACUUUUGGAGAAAGUGUGGAGAACGAAAUAAUUUUUGAUGUGAUUGGUUUUUAAGAAUCGUUCAGUGCUUUGCCAGCAGGAGCAUGUUGGAAGAAUCCUGAUAGAGUGAGUAUAAGCUUAAAAUUUAAACUGAAUGCAGUCUGAAGUAGGACCAAAGUGUGCCAGUUCUGUUAAUCCAGUUUAAUGCUGAUCAGAGUAAGUGAGGAGAUGAAGAAAAUGAAAACUGUCCCAAUAAUUGAUGUGACUUCUUAACUCUUUGUCAAAAGCUUAAGUUUUCUUUGAGAAGAAAAUAAUUCCGCUGAAAUAAGACCCACAAGUAGGUUUCUGGGUUUGAAGUAGUUUGAACUCAGAACAGUGUAUGUUGUCUGGUAGCUGUGAUCAGAAGACAAAAAAAACACCAACAACCAAAUAAAAAAAUCCCUACAGGUGCUGUCUUUUAAUUCUCAGAAAGAAAAAAAAACAAUCCACCAUCUUCUUGUCCUUUGUGACUUGAAAAUGCUUGGUUUCAUCCCAGUUACAGAUGUUAUCCCAUGUAGGAACAGUAGGAAUCUGUAAUGGGACAAAUUCAGAUGGGGCUGUGCUGGAAGGCAGCAACAAUGUGGUUUUAAAAACAAGCAGUUGAUUGGACUGGAGAUGAGCUGAAGAUAAUCCUUCUGGUAUUGCUGUUGAGUUGGCAGGGGAGAGAGAGUCUCCCCAUUAGCUUGGAAGCAUGUCCUUUUCUACCUAGAAGAAAUGGAGUUCAUUUGUGAUCCUUCCACUGCGUGAGUGGUUUGAAUUCCCUGGAUUUUGAAUCCCUAUGUGGUGACUUGACCCACUCUGUUGAGCAGGGGCAGUUCCCAAAGAAGAUGUAAGCAACUCAGUAGCUGGCUGUACCACACAGUAGGGCAGAGCAAAGCCUGGCAGAAGAAAGUGAAGAGUUAGACA